GCUGGGUCGGGCGGGGGCCAUGGCGGGGCAGGAGGAUCCGGUGCAGCGGGAGAUCCAUCAGGACUGGGCGAACCGCGAGUACAUCGAGGUCAUCACCAGCAGCAUCAAGAAAAUCACGGACUUCCUUAACUCGUUCGAUAUGUCCUGUCGUUCAAGGCUUGCGACACUCAAUGAGAAACUGACAGCCCUGGAGCGGAGAAUUGAGUACAUUGAAGCAAGGGUAACAAAGGGUGAGACCCUUACCUAGACCAGUACUCUACAGCUGCUGGACAGUCGCCUGCUUGGGAGAGGCACCAGCAGACUCCAGCUCCUUCCUGACUCCUUACAGAGCCCCAAGGCUUGUUCUUGCUUUUCUGUUUCGAAAAAUGUGGCCUUUGGGCUCUACCAUAUGCAUCUGUGGGUGUGUGGAGUGGGGGUGCAGGCCAGGGGGAACUCUUGGAAAACCAACAUUGGGCAUUUCACUUAAGUGACAUUUUUUUACUUGGAGAUAUUUGUCAAAGUGGCUGAAAAGCUGGAAGUCUGGGAUCCUCAUGAUGCCCUCGUCCUCCUCUUCUUCAGUCCCUACUCCCUGCAGCUUCUCACAUUUGAAGAGCGUUCCCAUCAAACCCACGCUGUCGUUUCUGGAAGGGCUCCGUGUGUUCACUGCUGAUUGUUGGUGGGGGUGCUGAACUCCAUUGUGAUGGGGAGCAGUGUCAGGUUUGCCUAGGCUGGCGCCCUCCACCAGGCUCAAUGGCUGCCAUAGAAUGUUGUUCUUACUAACCUGCCGGUGUUCUGUCCUUUGAAGGGAGAUGGAGCUGGGCUCUCACAUGGCUGGAGGGGCCAUUUUCAAAGUCUGUUUAGUUUUUGUCAUGUGAGAUGUCUCUGCUUGUCAUGUUUUCCCAAUAAACUUCUCAACUGUA